AUGCUGCGCUCUGUUGUGAGAUUGACUUUUGAAAGCCUCAUUAUCAGCGGUAAGGCGGACACAAAAUGCCUCAAUUUGAUCACGGACGUGAUUCGGACACGAUUGUUCAAAGGUGUCUGCGGGACCCGGGUUGGUGAUGCUGAUGGUGAUGACGAAGACCAUUUGAUCACUUUUAGAACGGAUUUCGAUACAGCAAAUCAGCAAGAAAGAGAUGAUAUCAUGGAUGAAGAAUCAGAUGAGGAGAACGACGUCAAUGUCGCUUUUGGUGAUUCGCACCCCGAAGCAUCAGACGAAGAAGGGCCGACGACUGAAAGUGUUAACGAAGUGGAAGAGAGUGACUCAAGUGAAGAGGACUCAGAGGAGGAUGAGAUUGACGAAACCGCAGUGAAAUCAGUUCGCGAUAGUGUACGCCAAGCAUUGGGACCCGCAGCACUAAAUGACCAGGAUUUGGAUUCAAUCACUUUUAAGGAGUUUAAUGACAAGGAGAUGUUUGCGAGAGAUGAUGCUUUGAUUGCCGCCUUCCGUGCUAACCGCAAAACUGCUCCUGAUCGGACCGCAGCUGAGCAGGCUCGUUCAUUGGGGCAGAUGAAAAUGCGCUGCCUGGAUCUGCUCGCUUGUAUUGUGCAACACUCUGUUCAGUCGGAGUUAUUAUUGCCUACACUGACUGUUCUGUUGGAUAUCGGUCGUUUGGCGGCCGAGUGCGAGGCUAAAUCCAAGCAGAAGCACAAAACGAAAGAUCCAUAUGGACGACAAAGUGCUAGUUUUGCGGCACGUUAUGGUGAUUUGCCUUUGCUAAAUCGAAUUUUGGACAUUGUGAAACUCCUCCCCACUCGUGCCGUCCAUACGCAGCGUGAUCUGUGUGCAGAUAUCUCGUCCGAUGAUUCCAUGAUCCAAGUCAUGCAAUCGGUAGUGACCGCAGCAAAACUGGGUAAGUUCACAUCGGACCGUGCGCUGUUCUGA